AGCUGGCCCUUGUCCUGGUGCCAGGGCUGCAGGAGUGACAGCCUGGCUUUUCACGAACUGGUGCCGUGGGGACAGCUGAGCAGAGUCCCAGCCCUGCCCCUGAGGAGCACGCAGAUGGGAACUGUGCCAAGGGGACCAGCUUGGAGGUUAGGGAGUGCCCCGAUGGAGGUGCUGAUGUGAUUAGGAUACACGGUUGACUCUCUGUGCAGUCGAAAAACCCAAGCAGAGCUCAUAGUCAGCGCUUCUCUUUGGUGCCAGGUUCAACCAACUGUGCGUCGUGUGGUGCCGUGAGACCUACUCACUGGAAAAAACACAUGCGUGCAGCUGGACCCGCACAGUUGAGGGGGCAGAGAGGGCCUCACUGGGGAGACGGGGAGGGGAGGCAGGAAAGGACCUCAGAGAUGAUGGGUGGGGUCCUUCAGACGCUGCCACCUGGGCCUCAAGUGCAGUCCCCUGCUCAGCUGCAGCUGGGGACCCGUGGCCUGCUGUGAGCUCCUUGGCCUCUGCCACUUUCUGGGGCCCUGAAGGGGGGUGGCGAAGGGCUCACCAGGAAGGGAUGGCCCACUCUGGAAGGUUCAGGGUUGGGCUGGCUGAGGAAGGGGUGCCGUUUAUGGAGCUGGGGAAGCGUUAGAGCCUUAGUGUGAGCUAGUGGUCCUCAGAAAUUUCAGCUUUCUCUUGCAUGGAGGGGAACGUGUUAUCGCUAAUAGUGAGGGGCCCCUGGGCCUCUGUAUCCAGGCUUGGGGGGCUGGACUGCAGGCGGAGGAGCCUGGUCAGAGUCCGUGAGUGCAGGUGAGGCUCGUCCUCAUCCUCAGCAUCUGCCCUGCUCCUGAUACUGGGUUCAAGGAGGGGAAGGUGGGUACGUCUCUCCUGAGCCCCGGAGUGGCGUCUGCGAGGGGCACAGUUCUGUUGCUGAUGCCCCCGUCCCGCUUCACACCAGGGCGGUGCGGUCUCCUCGUGUUUUGUCAGAGAUGCGUCUGUGGCCUGGGUUGGGUUCCCUGCAGGUUUAGCAGAUCUGGGGGCAGGGGGUGUGCUUGGACGCGGGCUUCCCAGCAUUUCUCCUGGAAGGGAACAGACGAUCCCGAUGCUUCAGUGAGCCAGGUGGGCCCCUGUCCUGUGCGUGCCUGCCAGCCGGGUAAGCAGGCGUCUAACCGUGGGGCCUGUCUGAGUCCCUGUCCAUCGGGGAGAUGGGCUCAUAGAGUGGACGUGAGAAGCGUGAAACUGACCCUGACCUGGAGGAGACUAGAGGCCCUUGAGGGCACAGGACUGCUUCUAUGGGUGGCCACUAGGGGGCAAUGAUUAGGCUCCCGGCAGCCCUUGGGGUCCCGGCUGAGGACCAGGACACGGGCAUCCUUCCUGGGUCUCAGUUUCCUCAACUGUGGGUGGGGCAGGGGCCCCAGGGCCAGGGUCUGGGCCUCAGCAGUGGAGCCUCCCUCGGGUGGAAUUACCAUGCUCUCUUGGUGCCAAUCCGGCCCCAGCUCCACCAGGCCUCCCAGCAGGGCCUUGGCCUGCCAGUGACGCCCUUGGCUGACGCCCACGGCCGCUGAGCAGCUGCUCCCGCUGUUUCUUCCAGCCCCUGUGUGGGAGCUGCCCCGUGGCUCACCCCACCCUUCCCUGGCUGAGUCUGGAGACAAAGCUCAGCUGGGGCCAUGAGUGCUGGGGAUACAACUGGCCGACCUGUGCAGGGGGGUGCAGACCCAGACGCCUGGAGGCUGCCAGCCGGCAGAGCGCCACAGGGCCCUGGCACCCGGGUCACCUGCUCCAGCCUCCUCCACCGUGAGGUGGGUGCCAGCUGGGGCGCCCCCAGAAGGCAGGCUGCCCAGUGGUUCCAAGCCACGCGGCCUCACCAUUCCUUCACAACAGUGGUUCUUAAGUGGGCAUUGGGCCACAUCUGGAGGCAGUUUGGGUUGUCACAGUGGGGGUCACAGUUGGUGGAGGCCGGGGAUGGUGUGAAAUGCCCUCCAGUGCACAGGGCAGCCCCUGCCCAGGAGCAGGUAGCCCCGGACAUCAGCGGUACCAUGGUCGAGGCCCCUGUUCCUGAGGUCACCGAUCCUGUCGGGUCAGCUCCUGAGCUGGCCCAGCCCUGCUCUGUCUCCCCAGUCCCUGUCCCUUCCCCUGCCCUGCAGGCCCUGCACCUUGGCAGCCCUCUCCCUGCCCCAGCUCGUGUGUGCAGACCUCAUCCUGUCUGUGGCUUGGGUGCCCUGGGCCCCAAGCAUGAUCUCAGGAGGUGGUUUGGGGGUUUUAUUUUUACUCUAGCUCCCCCCGGACCACCAGAGGCCUCUCCCCACCUCCCGACGGGGCCUCCACCCUCCCGCAGCUCGUCCCCGCGGCUCCUGUUCUAGCCCUGGGCUCCCCCUGAGGUGGGGCGCAGAGGGAGGGCCCGUGCUGUGUGAUGUGGUUCUGGCCUGUGGUCUGCGCUUAGCCCGUAGCAGUGCCUAGGGCUUGGGUUCAGCCAGAGGAGGGCCCCAGCGAGGGCUUGAGCCGAUGGGGGUGGUCUUGGGCACUGACUGGGGAUCUGCCUUUUGGACCCAGUGUGGAGGCACCUCGGUGAGCUCAGCCGCCGCCCCUUGUCCCUGUGCUCUUCCAUGCCUGGGGCACGGCCAGUGUCUCCUGGCCUGGGCGUUCCUGCCCACAUAGUGGGCCAAAGAGGGAGCCAGGCCGGGCUCAAGCCCUGCGGGAGGAUGUGAGGCUGGACGCUGGGCCCUGGGAGGGGCUGGCUGGGGCCCUGCCCCAGUCAGACACGCACAUACGUGUGCGCCCCCAAACUGCAUGCAAAUAGCUGUGCUCCCCGCCGUCUGAGGAGCCUGCAGGCUGGCGAGGGCGAUGGAGGGCCUCGGCGUGGGCAGAGGUUGGCCUCACUCCCCUGGCCUGGCCAUGGCCCGCUGAACUUGCCUGGAAGGAUGCUGGAACCUGGGGGGACAGAGGAGGCAGGGAACAUUCCUCUCCGGGUCUGAAUUUUGGAAAAAGCCGCUGAAGGGCUCUUGAGCUGCAGCCCCAGGAUGGGGCAGAGGAGUCCAGACCUGGGUCUGGAGUUAGCCUGAGGGUGGGGGCCAGGGGGCGACAGCCCCUGCUCCCUGUCGGAUUCUGUCUAGUGCUGUCCUCAGCCUCACAGGGCACUGCUGGACCAUUUUUGGAUGAGCGGACUGAGCCGUGGCAUUGGGUCCCUCACCUGACCUGCGGGUCACACGUCAGCCGAGCAGCAGGGCUGGGGCUCGAGUUCACCCCAGCUGAGACUGCCACCUCCCAAAUUGGAGUUCUCUGUGUGGGGUGUGGGCGGCCUCUGUAUUUUGAGGAUCCUUCCCGGCUGAGUAGGGAGGGAAGCACCGCAGACUCAGGUGGGGCAGCACCAGGCCGGCAGCCCCCUUGCUUCAGCUGUGCAGCGGCGGGGCUCUCAGGGCCCCUGAGGCCAAGAGGAGGGACGGCCUCAACCUGCAGGCGGGUGGGAGUUGUGACACCUCCGUGGGAGCCUCUGAGCCGUGGCCAAGACUCACGAUCGGGGUGAGCCAGGUCGCCGGCAUUCAUCGUGCCCGUGUUGUGUGGAGUGUAGAUUGACCCAGUGAAUUUGGGAGCACAGGACAGGGGUGACUGCCCCGUGACCUGGCACCCCACACCCUCACCACCCCAGUGUAGGUGAUCUGAGGUGCAGGGGAGGACACUGAUUCAGCCUGGAGUCCUGCCGAGUGGACCUGGCCCCCAGAGGAUAGACCCCCAGAGGCCACCAAGACUGGGGGUCUAUCCUGGAGUCCCCAAGGCCUUGGAACACCAAAGCCCUCAUGUGAACAGGGUGGGUGGGUCACCCCCAGGUCCUCUGGGGCUCAGACCUGAGCUUCCCUGUGAAUCCGGGCAAGGGUACCCUCUCCCCGUCACGAGGAGCCUGUUCGCUUUGCUUAUUCCUGUUGGUUUUGUUACUUUGUAUUUACAGUUGAAUUUUUGUUUGUUGAUUUGCCGGCCAGUUAGGAUUGUACGUGGCUCAGUGUGGGGUUGUCAGCUCCUGCCUCACCUCACCUCACCCACCCCGAGCCUGCGCCAGGGCAGCGGCUUCAGCUCCUCUGCUGGCCUCGGCCUCCUCCCGGUGUAGUCUACCACAGUUUAAAUGGCCCCACAGCUCAGCAAGCUUGUGUCUCCUUUCUCAUUCAGCUCUUUAUCCUCCAGUCUUGUUUUUUCUUCUGCACGUUUUUCUAUGUAUCACUAACUCAGCUCCAAACUUGCUGGCGGAAUUUAAAAACUCACUUCCGUCCAGCUCCUCAAGUGACUUGUUCAGGUGGAGCCGCCCUCCUGGCGCCCUGUCUGGGCCGCCCUGGGCCCUUGAUGGUACCAGCAGGGUCUCCCUGGGAUACCCUUGGCCUCAUCAGCUGGAGCCUCUGUUUCUGGAAUGCCGUGUUUUCCUGCCGUGUGGUUUACUUCCUUGUUUUCACAGAGUACAUCCUAGAAUGGCUUUCUGAGAAAAGGUGCAUCAGAGAUAGAUUGUAGAAUAAGAAUUAUGUUUUUAAACUAUUAGUAAUUGACAUGUUUGAGUGAUUCUUUCCACCACAGGCAUUGUGCUAGGUUCUUCACAGGACUUACCUCACAACAAAUCUAUAAUGAACCUUGUUUGAUAAGGGAGGACCCUUAGGUACAGAGAUGAACUUGCCCACAUGGCUGCGAAGCCAUGAUUCAGCUCUAUUUGACUCCAAAACUUAAUUUUUUAAAAAAUAAAUUUGUUUAUUUACGUUUGGCUGCAUUGGGUCUUAGUUGUUGUGUGCGGGCUUUCUCUAGUUGCGGAAAGCGGGGGCUACUCUUCGUUGUGUGUGGGCUUCUCAUUGUGGUGGCUUCUCUUGUUGCGGAGCACAGGCUCUAGGCACGCGGGCCUCAGUAAUUGUAGCGUGCGGGCUCAGUAGUGGUGGCUCAUGGGCUCAGUAGUUGUGGCUCACGGGCUCUAGAGCGCAGGCUCAGUAGUUGUGGCACAUGGGCCUAGCUGCUCCACGGCAUGUGGGAUCUUCCCAGACCAGGGCUCGAACCUGUGUCCCCUGUCGUGGCACUACAUUUUGUUUUCCUCGUGGGUGUCAUGUGCUGCCCCUCCUCACUGCCCCUCCUCUGACUCGGUGGCCUGUGAGUUGGGGGACGUGAGUGUCUGUUCACGUGGAGACACUGUCACUGCUUUUCCUUCCCUGUGAGUUUUUGUUUUCCCUGGAAUCAGUAAUUGUGUUGUUUUUUUUUCUUUCUUUUCAGUUGCUUUAGUUUUCUGUACCCUCAUCACAAUUUCAACACCAACUUCUCAGCCCAACUCCCAGAAACAGCUGAGGUUCAUUCAUCUCAGAGUGAAGUCUCUUCCUGGAUUUCUCACCUGUCCAGCUGGCUGUUUGCCCAUCACAUCUAGGCCCAGCUUUCACCCUGGGGAUUCUCUCAGACUCUCUGCUCCCCUGAUCCCUCAUCUUCCCUUUUCCUUCCCUUUUUUUUUUCUUCAUUUUUUACUUUUUUUUCCUUUUUUCCUUACCUUACUUUGAAAGAGCACAUCUUCCAGUCUCCUGCGGAAAGAAACACAAGAGAAAAUUUUGAAACCUUGCAAAUCUGCGGACAUCUUUAUUGGGUCCUGUUUCUUGGUUCACAGUUUGGCUGGAUAUGGAAUUCUAGGUUGGAAAUUAUUUCCUAUAAAACCCCAUAGGUGUCACUCUGUUGUCUUCUGGUUCCCAGUGUUGCUCUUGAGAAAAUUGAACCCAAUUUGAGUCCAGAGCCUUUGUGAUUUUCUCUCUCGAAGCUCCUCUUUUCCUUCACUGGUGGAGACACUCCCAGUGACAUAUAUACUUUGGUGUGGAUCUGUUUUCGCCCCCACAGGAGCCCAUUUCAAUCUGGAAACUCCUAACCUUCUGGGAUUCAGUUUGGGGACGUUUUCUCGAACCGUUUUGUUAUCAUUUCUUCCACUCUGUUUCUUCUCUUUUUAUGAAACGCCUGUUGUUUGGAUGACUUUCUCUUCUAUAUUUUAUCUCGUUGGCAUAUUCAACAUUUUCUUCUAAUCCAUUUAAUGAAUUUCUUUCAUUUCUGUUACCUUCUUAAUUUCUAAGAGACUUGAUUUUUGGGUGUUUUUAGUGGUGCCCUGUUUAUGUUUCAUGGGUGUGGUGGCAUCUCCUUGUGGGGAUGUUAAUGCUACAUAUUUUCUCUGCCCCCCACGGCCAAUUCUAGUUUCUGUUUCUGCCAAGUGCGUUCCUCUGUUGCCUUUGGCCUCUGUUUCCCACAUCAUUGGGCUUCCUCUGGUGGCACUUGGCUGUGUGCUUAUGUUUGAGAGUGAGGUCUACCAACCAAGACCCCCAGAAGUGGCUCUAAGUGCCCUCCCCCACUUCUGGUGGGAGCCAGGACUCUUUGGAGACAUGGCUAGUUCCUGGUAAGGUUGCCAACUUCAGCAAAUAAAAAUACAGGCCCCUAGUUAAAUUUGAAUUUCAGAUAAGCAACAAAUAAUUUCUCAGUAUGUCCUGUGCGAUGUUUACCUGGAAACCCUAACGCCAGACCUGUGGCAGGAAGUGCAUGAGAACCUGCCGUGUCUCUUCAUGUCAGAGGCCACGGGAGGCGCCAGGAGGGUGCAAAGGGCUUCACUGGCCAAAGAUGGGACAAUAUGAGGGCUGAGGCACACGAAGCAUGUUGAGACCCGUCCACUGGGCAGCCAUGGAGGAUACAGAGGCCCAAGUCCCUGGGUCUCGGCUGAGAUUCUAUUAGGUUCUUGGGCCGUAUGACUGGGCACAUUCUCUGAGCAUUUUAGUAUAACUUCCUGGCUUCCUGGAAACCAAAAUAAUGUAUAUUGAUUAUAAAGCUCCCAUGCUGAUGGCUUAAAUAGACUAAUGCAUGCUUUCGUAGAUUUAAAAUAGAGAACGUUAGAUUUCCAGAAAGAAAAAAGGAAUUGAACUUCUAAUGCUUUAAAAAAAAAAGUCAUUUUCUUGCAGAAUCCACAGCUAAAAAAUUAACCUGGGACAAUUGUUCAUCGUUGGAUAACAAGCAGAGAGGUGUGAAUUCUGGCAGAGAGCAAAUAUUGCCAAGGAGACUAUGUCAUAUAAACGUUAAUAUUGUUUAAAUGUUGGGCUGGAAAAUGUAGAGUUUAACAACUAGUAUUAGAAAAAGUCCAGGUAAUUUUUUUUUUUAAAGACUCAAUUUUAUUUAUUUAUUUUUGGUUGCAUCGGGUCUUCGUUGCUGCACGCGGGCUUUCUAGUUUCUAUUUGCGGUGAGCGGGGGCUACUCUUUGUUGAGGUGCGUGGGUUUCUCAUUGCGGUGGCUUUGCUGCGGAUCGUGGGCUCUAGGCACGUGAGCUCUAGAGCGCACGCUCAGUAGUUGUGGCUCACGGGCUUAGUUGCUCCAUGGUAUGUGGGAUCUUCCCAGGGCCAGGGCUUGAACCCAUGUCCCCUGCAUUGGCAGGCAGGUUCUUAACCACUGCGCCACCAGGGAAGCCCCCAUCAUUCACUUUUUAGCACUUCCUUCCUUUUCGGCACUCCAGGCUUAUCUCGUGUUCCCUCCCGCACCCUAAGACCCGCCAUUUCUCCAAGGAGCCCGGGUUCCUUGUGUGGGAAAUGGUCUUAGAAACCAUUUUGAUCUGGAGCUGGGUGUGCUCACUGCUGCUGGGCCUUCUCAGAUGACAGAGCCGACCACGCAUCCACACACCUAAAACCGCUGCCACAGGCGUCCACCUUUAUUUGUGUUGUGCCACGACGGGACACAGGUUCGAGCUGUGAACUCAUGUUCACAGCAGUGUCUCCAACUGUGAUCCUGACCUCGCGGGUCAUUCCAGCCCCUCUCUUGCUUUUCCAUAACCUGGUCCACGUCCCCUGCGGCAGUAUCAGAGCUGAUAAACCCCAGCCGGUGGGAAACACUCGUGUCAGCUCCAGCACGGUGCUGCGCGCAGGCCCCUCUGCCUUCAGUCACAGGCUCUGCUGACUCCCGAGGCCCUCAGGUUGGUACUUCACACCCCUUCAGUGGUGUUGCCCCGUUUGUGAGUCAGUCAGGUUUCUUGGCUACAUUCUGAUUACCUGACCACCUAAAUGAGUUGUUUAGACUUUUCACACAUUAAGAUUCCCUCUUUGUGCCAUGCAGUUCAUUGGAUUUUGAUAAACGCAUAGUGCCGUGAAUCCCCCUACUGGGGGAUCAUACAGAACAGUUUCGUUGCUCUGAAAGAUCCCCUGUGCACCACCUCUUCAUCCCUGCCCCCGGGUUGUGGUUUUAAGGUGCUUGUUACGCAGCAGAUACCUGGGGCGUUUCUGAAGAUAGUGAAAUUCACAGAGAGCGAUUACAGAAAUAGUGUGUUACUAUCUAAAAAGCGCCCUUCUUUGUCCAAAUUACGUCUAAUUUGUAUGGUGAGGUUAAAACAUACGCUGUGUGAUAUAUACAGUUACGUAAUCUAAAGCUCUCCGUUUAAAUUUGUCAAUAACAGUAUAAAUAUUUGUGUACUUAUAAUAAACAUUCAUAGAGAGGUAUAUCAAUAUCGUUAAGUGGAGGAAGCGUAUAUAUUAUAUAAUAAAGAGAAAAAGAGUUGUCUUUUACAUGCACAGCAUAUUCUAAACAAAAAGCAAAGCUGUUGUUUCCUCUGCUGGGUCAGGGAGUGCAUUUCUGUCCCCCAGGCUUAUCCCCAUUUGGGCCCUUCUCCCCUCAGGUUCCCACCACGACUUGACUCUGUUUGACCAGAUGGUCCUUGUUUCUAAGAUGGCGAACGCUGCCAGUAAUCAUUCAGUGCUGUGCUCGUUUUAGAUGCUGUCACCCGGAUUGGUUAAAACUCUAGCCAACGUGAUCAUCAUGUCUUGUGUGUGGUCAACAGUGACGAUGUGCCUGCCCAAAAUCCAGGCCUGAGAUCCAGACUUGGAAAAACUGGCAAUGUGUCUUAAACCUCACCUGUCUUUGGGGUUCCCCCAGACCGCCAGUGGCAACACAAAGGCCUCCUCCCUUGGAUAAAAUGAAGAGCAGUGCAGACAAUGGAACAUAUUUAUCACUACUGUAUCUAACCACCUCUUCGCAAGUUUGGAAGCCCCCCUGUUUACGAAGCCCGUAAUAUGGGAAAGUCAGACCAUUUAUACACAAAAGGAAUGUUGUUCUGACUGUGUUGGAGCAACUUUGCGAUCUCGCGUUGGUGGGAAGCUGCCACGUUCGCGUGUGCGGCGAGGAUGGCUCUGAUUGCUGUGUUGUGAGGCCCUCCCCGCCAGUACCUGCAGGUCGGAAGGCUCUAUGAGGUAAACACACUCUCGUGACUGAAUCCUGGGGAAGUACGUGACACCUUAAAAGAGAUUCCGCUCUCUGGCCUUUGGACAUGCUGUGCAGCCGGGUGGCAGUGGUGGCCUCCCGGGGGCCGUCUCCGGGGUCCCUGACUGUUGACGCGACAGGAAACAGCCUCACUAGACAGGCCGACACUUGCCACACUGUCCCCAGGGGCCAGGUCAGGGCCGGGGGCCCCUGUGCACCAGAAGCAGAUGACCCGGAACUUGCAGUCCGGCCCGAGUCCACAGGACAGGCAGAGGAGUUGGACGUGUCUCGCUGAGGUGGUGUGGGCAUGAGACAGCACAGGCUGUAAUGGAGUGUCUGUAAAUGUAUCUCAUUCAACUGGCCCUCAGAGUUCAGGACAAAAUACCACAAGAAACUCUUAAUACAGAUGUGAAGCCAGUGAUUCUUCAGAUAAACUGAAAAUUCUGUAGGAAGUGAUAGAAGGGAACCACUCAGGACGGUACCCGAGGGGUGGCCCUGGGUCCAGUCGGGACCAGGAAGCUCGGGGAGUCUGGUGGUAGGUUCACCCCCACUCCUCCCACCCCCCUAACCCCGACAGCAGAGGAGUCCUUGGGCUGGCAGGCUGGGCGGGCAGGGGAGGUGGGAGCCCUCCAGGCUGCAGGGCCGAGGGGCGUUGGUGGCCAUGCCAAGGGCCGCAGGGAGGCCAGGUCAAGGCUUCGGGGUGGCUGAGGGACUGUGUUGCAGGCAGGACACCACGGACCACCCUCCCUCCCUCCCGUGGCUUCCCCCACACCCUCUGUGGGGAGCUCGAGCCCCUCUUCAUAAAGCAGAGCUGCUGAAGGGAGCCUCGCUGUCACCAGAACCCGUGGUGAAGGGGCUCCCUUGCUGGAAGCAUCGCAUUUAAAGGUAAAUCUCCUUGGUGAGGCGCCAGGGACCCUGGGCGCCCGUCCACGUGGAAGCAGCGCUCGCGGCCCCCAGGAAGCCAGCCUGGUGGCUGCUCUAAGCUUGUCAGCCCUGGCCUUCCCAAGGCGCCAGCAACCAGCUGGACCUGGGGACUCUGUAACUUUGUUAACUGCCGCAGUGAGAGGCACCACGGGUGAAAUCUGCUAGGAGUCAGGUCUGUGGUCCUUGAUUCCUGGCUGCAAAACUGAUGAAUCGAUAAGGGCGGUAAGGAAACACUUCUGGCGUGAUGGGAGAGAAUAUACAAUGGCCAACCUCGGAGCCUGAGGUCAUGGUUCGAGUCUAUGACCCAUACAAUCCGGCCGGCGUCCCUGCACCUUCACGAACAGAACGAGCCAAACGGGAUGCAGGCAGGCGUCAGAGGCGCUGCGGGCUCGGUUCGGGCCACCGCAGGCACGCGAGGCACACAAACCUUUUGGUUUCCCAGCGCAUAUAAAAGUUAUGUUUAAAGUGUAGGCUAUUAAGUGUGCCAUAGCAUUAUGUCUAAAAAACGUACAUGCCUUAAUUUUUUAAAAAAUUUGUUUAUUUUUGGCUGCGUUGGGUCUUCGUUGCUGCGUGUGGGCUUUCUCUAGUUGCGGCAAGUGGGGGCUACUCUUCGUUGCGGUGCACGGGCUUCUCAUUGCGGUGGCUUCUCUUGUUGCAGAGUUCAGGCUCUAGGCGCGCGGGCUUCAACAGUUGUGGCACGCAGGCUCAGUAGUUGUGGCGCACGGGCUUAGUUGCUCCACGGCAUGUGGGAUCUUCCCAGACCAGGGAUCGAACCCGUGUCCCCUGCGUUGGCAGGUGGAUUCUUAACCACUGCACUACCAGGGAAGUCCCAUAUAUAUUUUUUUAAAUUUUACAUGCCUUAAUUUAACACUACUUUGUCUCUAAGAAAUGCUAACCAUCAUCUGAGGCUUCAGCGAGUCAGAAUUUUUUGCUGGUGGAAGGUUUGAAAUAAUGUGAGAACUACCAAAGUGUGACACAGACAUGAAGUGAGCAAACGCUGUUGGGAAAAUGGCACUGAUAGACUUGCCUGACAGAGGGUCACCCCAAAACUUCAGUUUGUAAAAAGGGCACAGUCUGCGAAGUGCAGUACAAUGAGGGGUGCCUGAACCCUGUUAAUGCCACGCAGGAAACCACUGAUGUGGGUUUGACCACGACCGCUAAAAUCCUUGAUCUUGGCUCCCUGACAUUUUCUCAAGAUAAAAGGGUUGGCUGGCCCAUGAAAUAAUGGAUCUAUAUUUCCAGAUUUUCUCGUCUGUAUUUUCAAAUCAGUGUCUCAGUGGAUUGAUGAUCUCCCAGCCUCUGUCUGACCUGUGGUCUCCACCGGAAGGAGAAGAGAGCCUCCACGGGACACCCGGCUCUUCGGACAUGGGGCCUGCAGAGCCCCUGCCUCACGGGGUGAGCCCCAGCACCGGGCAGGCCACCAGGUCCCCAGAAGAAGGACCAACACACUCACAAGUAACCUGGUGCUUGUACGAGACCUGGUCAGAAUGAGCAUAAAAGCAGCGUGAGGGGGACAUGGCGAGUGCCGUGGCCUGUGACACGGCCCCACGCUCUGGCCUCACCUUGUCUGAUGAUGGGUCAGCGCAGCUCCCAAGGACACCCCAGGGACCCUGCUGCUCAGCGACCUGCCCACAAGCCAGUCCCUAACAAGACACCAUCCCUGAGACCUGUGCUUUUGUCCUUUUAAGUCCUGCCCCUGCUUUGCUCAGGGAGACAGUCGUAUUUGUCUCCUGUUACUGCAUCAAAAAUCAACGCGAAUUCAGCAGCUUCCCUCGGCAUGUUCGUUACCGCACGGCUGCGUGGGGCACGCGUCUGGGUGUGAGUUUGCUGGGAGCUUGGCCCAGGGUCUCACCAGGGGAAACCUGUGUCGGCAGGGCUGUGUCCUCACCUGGGGUCCUCUUCCAGGCUAAUCUGGUGGGUGGCAUAAUCCGUUCCUUGCGGUUGUAGGACUGAGAUCCAUUUUCUUCUUGCGGGGGUCGGGGGGUGGGGGGUGGCUGGGGCCUCAGGGUUUUGCACUUGGGUCAACCCCAUGGGCCCUUUCACAGCCCAGCAGGCAGAGAAGCUGAGGCUUUUUGUCCGGCUGAGAUGCAUACUCUGCCUCAGGGAGCAACUUGCAGUCACGUCUGUCACGUGGGUGCGAAGGGCUAUCCCGCCAAGGUUGGUCACACUCUGGGGGAGGAAACGGGCUGGGUGCCCUGGGGAGCAUCUCAGAACUCUGUCCAUUUCCCUGAUGUGUUCGUGUAAAUCCUGACAGGUCUAAACUAACCAUCUUGGCGUUUCCUGCAUCAUCAGACCACAUCUCUCCCGCAUGUAAACCCCCUUAGGCCUCAUCGUACUUCACGUGAGAGCCCAGCACGCUCUCCCCUACCCGGCAGGCAGCUUCCUGGGCCCCAGCCUAGCUAUUCACUUGUGGGUGUGGGUCCCCGAGGGGCUGUCCUGUUUGGUCUGGCUGAGGGAGCCCCUUACCUGCGUUAAUCUCGCCAUGUUUAAAAUGCCCUCAUUCAUCAGCAGCUGGGUCUGCAGGCUGUCUGCCCUCUAACAGCUACAAGAGGGCAGGAGCUUGGCAGCCGGUGCGGUGCUGAGUCCCAGUGCCUGGCACACAGUAGGUGCGCAGCGUUUGCUGAAUGACAGCAUGUGUGAACACGUGUCUGUGUGUCUGCUUGUGCCUCUGAGUGCCUGUGGUUUCUCCUCCCAGUGAUCCUGGCUGCCUGGAAUGUCCGGGUCCCCAGGAUUGGAGCCAGAGUCUGAGUCUGUCUCAGUGGGGCUCGCUGGCUGACCCGCCUUGUCUGGCCUGGACUCCUAGGAGGGGGAUGUGGGUCCAGGGCUCUGGUCUGGCUGGGGCUGGGCUGGAGCUCAGGAGGACCAUGGUGAUGUUGCAGCCGUUUAGUUCCGGUCUGUUCUCUCCUGGGCCUCUGUUCUCAUCUGCGGCUAUUUCCUGCCAAGGACUGGGGAGGUGGGCUCAAGCAGAGAGAACAGGAUGGGGCAGGGAGGACGGGUUUGUAGCCUUCCCCUGCCCUGUCCAUCCUUGCCCAGUGGUGCCAGGAGUGUGCUUCCUCCUUCAGACUUCUGUACUGGGGCUGAGCCGAGGGCUGGAUCUGCGUUGCCAGGAAUCCACCGACCUCCACGCAGGGCUGAGAGAGGGAGGGCUCUGCAGGGAGUUAGGGUGUGGCCCGGGUGCUUCCAGGCUCCUAGCUCAGCGCUGGGAGCUGACCCUGCUCCCCUUCCAGACUGAGGGGCCGGACCUGGGCCGUCUCUGCCUCCCUCCAGCCCUGCCUGGACAUCUUCCCUCUAUGGAGGAGAGACAGCCUGGCAGCCAGAGGCAGGAACAGAGGCCUGAGAUGGAGCAAUAGAGCGGUCGAGGCCGAUGGAGAGAGACAGACAAGGGCGGGGGCGCAGAGGAGGGAGGAGGGCUGGGAAGGAGGCCACCAGUGCUAAUAUAAACCAGUUAGAAAAACAGGAGGAGAGGCCAGGCCUCAAGGCCAGCCAGGCAGGGCUUGUUUAUCCAGAAUGAAAGGCCCUUGAGGAGCUGGGGGUGGGGUGCGGAGACAAGUCCUGAUUCCAGUUUGGAAAGGGGGCUCCGCCUCCCAGGGUCUGGAUCCUGCUGAGGAAAUGGGUCCGUUAGGUUGGGGGUGGGGCGUCCUCACAGCCCUGUGUCCUCCCAGUGGGUCCUACCUGUUGUCAGCCCUCAUUCCCUCUUGCUGCAGUAGCAGCAGCCUCCUCCCCUUGCCCGGAGCCCAAGAGUCUGGCUGGGCUGGGCUCCUUGCUUGUCUGAGGACUUGGGGACCAGGGCAGCGUUCAAGAGAGACUCCAGCCCACCAGGGCCUGGGCCUGUGACCAUAAUUCAGUCCAAAUGGGCAGUCCAAAAAUGCACCGUGGGUUUUUGUGGUAGUUUGGUGGAUUUUUUUUCUUUUCUUUUUUUUUGAGGUUUGCUUAACUAGAAAGAGUGGGUUUGAUACACAGUGCAUGCUCUGUUAUUUCACAUUUGUUUACGUGACUUUGUAAGUUUUCCCAGAGCUUCAAAUUUGUGCCUUCUGUUGGGAAGGCUCCCAUACCCCACUUCAUUUCCUCCCCUCUGGGAGGGGUGGGGGGUGAUCCUGGGAGCACCGUACCCGGGUCUGGGUGGUGUUUCUGCUCUUGAUGGUGGGCAGAUGGGGUGGGGGCACCAGGACAGGGGGUCACCCGGCUCCCCGCUCAGCUCUCAGGGGCCUCACCCCUCAUCCCCCUGGCUGGCUGAAGAUGACUGAUGAACAGCAGUGCCCAUCAUGCUCUCCGGAAGGGCCCCCCCUACCUCCCUAGGGCCCGUGCGACUCUUAUCCCCACCUCACAGUUGAGGAAACGCAGCCCCCAGAGGCGAAGGGUCACCACAGGGCCAACGGGAAGACCUGGUGGUCUGGCAGCCUGGGGUCCUUGGGGUCAGACCCAGGAUGCCUUUCUGCUCUCCUGCAGUGGGGGGAUGCCUUGGCCAGUGUUCACUUACAGAGAUGCUGGUGAGGAGAUACUCCCCCCAGAACCCCAGACCUGCAGUGGCCCCAGAAGGGCUCUGUAUGUAUGUCACAGACACCCACGAGGCAUCUGGGGCCAUACCCUCAGGCCCCCCUGCCCCUUCUGGGCUGGGCUACUGCCACCUUCUCCAGGACCCAAGCCAGAGUGACUCCCCUCACCCUUGGGAACACAGUGGCCAAGGCCUGACACCUCCCACCAGGCCGGCCAAGGACCAAGGACCCGGGGAAGGCGGGGAGGCCAAGGGGCCGGGCAGGAGCGGAGGGGGCGGUCUGCUCUGAUGUCACAGCGGGUGCUGGGGAGGGGAGGGGGAGGGGAGGGGGCCGGGCUGUUUUUCUGGAGAGUUAGAGCCUGAGUGAGACAAAGCGCCGGCGGGCCAGGCGGGCCAGGCAGGCGCCAUGGAGCUGCGGGCCCGGGUCCUGCUCUGGAAACUUGUGCUUCUGCAGAGCUCUUCUGUCCUUCUGUCCUCAGGGCCAGCCGGGCCCGCGACCCCCGGCAGCUCCGUGGUGUCCGAGUCUGCAGUGAGCUGGGCAGCCGGCGCCCGGGCGGUGCUGCGCUGUCAGAGCCCGCGCAUGGUGUGGACGCAAGACCGGCUGCACGACCGCCAGCGCGUGGUCCACUGGGACCUCAGCGGCGGCCCGGCCGGCGGCUCCGCGCGCCGACUCGUGGACAUGUACUCGGCGGGCGAGCAGCGCGUGUACGAGCCGCGCGACAGCGGCCGCCUGCUGCUGACCCCCACCGCCUUCCAGGACGGCAACUUCUCGCUGCUCAUCCGCGCGGUGGAGGACACAGACGAGGGGCUGUACACCUGUAACCUGCACCACCAUUACUGCCACCUCUACGAGAGCCUGGCCGUGCGCCUCGAGGUCACCGACGACCCCCGGGCCGCCGGCGCGCACUGGGACGGCGAGAAGGAGGUGCUGGCGGUGGAGCGCGGCGCGCCCGCGUUGCUGACGUGCGUGAACCGCGCGCACGUGUGGACCGACCGGCACCUGGAGGAGGCGCAGCAGGUGGUGCACUGGGACCGGCAACCGCCCGGGGUGCCGCACGACCGCGCGGACCGCCUGCUCGACCUGUACGCGUCGGGCGAGCGCCGCGCCUACGGGCCGCCCUUCCUGCGGGAGCGCGUGGCGGUGGGGGCGGACGCCUUUGCGCGCGGUGACUUCUCGCUGCGCAUCGACCCGCUGGAGCCGGCAGACGAGGGCACCUACUCCUGCCACCUGCACCACCACUACUGCGGCCUGCACGAGCGCCGCGUCUUCCACCUGAAGGUCACCGAGCCCGCCGCCCGGCCGCCCCCGCGGGACUCGCCGGGCAACGGUUCCAGCCACAGCGGCGCGCCCGGCCCAGACCCCACGCUGACGCGCGGCCGCAGCGUCAUCAACGUCAUCGUCCCCGAGGGCCGGGCCCACUUCUUCCAGCAGCUGGGCUACGUGCUGGCCACGCUGCUGCUCUUCAUUCUGCUGCUCAUCACGGUCAUCCUGGCCACCCGACAGCGCCGCCGCGGAGGCUACGAAUACUCCGACAAGAAGUCCAAGUCCAAGGGGAAGGACGUGAACAUGGUGGAGUUUGCUGUGGCUGCCGGCGACCAGCCUCUUUACAGGAGGGAGGACAUCCGACUAGGUUACAAAAACAACCUCCUGAAGGAGAGGGUUGAGCUGUCCCACAGCCCCCUGCCCGCCAAGAGCAUCGACUUGGACAAAGCAGAGGGGCAGAGGGCAGACACCCGCCUGUCCCCUUGGCUUCCAGAGUUCAGGAAGGAGUAUUGCAAAUAAGGCGACCCCGGGCUCCUGGCUGGGCCAGCAGCUCUGCCAGCUCUUGUCUGUCCACCUCGGAAGACUCUUCCUGACCCCCAUGCAGCUCACCUGGCCCCCCUUCCAGCGGCUGGUCCCGCUGUCCUGGAACUUGGCCUGGACUGGUGCAGGGUGAGGCUGCCUCCAGACCCCUCUUGGGGGCCACCUGAUCCUCAUUUGCGAUCGUGGGCUCCUUAGGACUCUGCCGGCACUGCAGCCGGGCCCCUUCCGCAGCCCUCGGCCGGUGCUCUUCCCUCCUCGCAUGGCCACGACCCCGCUGAUGUUCACCAGUCUCUCAGGCUCUCCUGGCCUCUGCCCACUGGGGGCUGGGAGCCCCACCUCUGCAGGGAGAGGGCCGUGAGGGGGCUCAGUGGGGAUCCUUGGAGCUGGGGUCAGCCUCAGGCCUGGCACUCCCACCCCUUCCUUGCCCUGUCCUUAGGGGAGCUGCCUGCCAGCUCCCCUCGACGGCACCCCGAGUUUCGCUGCCAGGCUGUCUUGGGCUCUUCAUGGUAACCCGAGGACCGCGCACUCCAGGCCCGGGGCUAGUGUCCCUCUGCGCUGCCUCCGGCCUCCUGGGGCCUCCUCUCUGCUUCCCACCCUGCUUCAGCCCUGUUUCCAGCAAGCUGCCUUGACAGUCACUAGGCUCCAUGUGACUUCCGAGCCUGACUCCCUUCCCUCGGCCCCUCCUUGGGCUGGAGUCCAGGCUGAGGCCUCAUUGGACUGCGUUUUGGCUGAGGACGGGGGGCGGGGGGGGGGCGGUGAGGAUGGUCUUAGAGUGGCUGGUGCUGCCACUCCUGACACCCCACAUUUGCUCAUCCUGGGGAAUCGCUAUCAUCUCAAUAAAGACCACAUCUGAUUUUA